AUGAUGAUGAUAUUCAAAACAAUCAAUCUUCGCCUUUCAUGGCAAGCAAUCAUUGCCCUUCUGGGCCCGUUGCUGCUGGCAUUGGGCUCCUAUGGGCAGCCACACUCUCUGCGAUUCCCAACUUCCAUUAACUUAACAGCAGGUGUUUUCCUAACACCGCCAUUUGCCAUUCUCGAUGAGGACGGAACCUUUCAUGGAUUUGAGAUUGACCUACUGGAGCGCAUGCAAUUUUAUGCGGAUCAGGAUGGCAUUGAACUCAACGUGGAGCUGGGAGUUGCGCCUCGAUUGUACGAUAUGGCUAUCGAUCUUGUUUCCAAUGACUGCAACACCACAGUCAACCCAAACAGCCUCGAGGACUGUGAAGCAUUUGACUUUAUUAUAGGCGAUUUCUUCCAGAAUGUCGAACGGUUCAAACGGGUCGACUUUACACCAACUUGGCUACACAGUGGAUUGGGAGUGCUGAAGUACCUCGAACAGAGCGGCACUAGUCAGAUCAAGUCCCUGAGUGAUGCCGAGAAGGCCGGUGCCACAAUUUGCUACCCACCAUCAAGUUUCAUCGAAUCUCUCGUCCAUGCCUACAUGCCAACGGCCCAGACAGUACCUUGUCCUACUCCUGAAACCGAGGAAUGUAUCCAGUUUCUUAAAGAUGGAAACUGUGCCUUACUGGCAGAUGACCUGAUGGUGUUGCAAUACAUGGCAAAGUAUGACUCUACCAUGGAUGUUACCCAAGAGAAUAUUCAGCCACAGUACUUUGUGUGGGCGUUGAAGCAAAAUCUACAGCCUGAGGUUUCUUGGCUUUUGAAGAAAUGGAUGUACCAAGGUGGAAGCAACGGUGAUAUUGAAGUGCUUCGAAAGAAAUAUUUUGAAGUUGCAACAUGCCCCACUGGAACUGCUGGCGAAAACUGUGAACUCCCCUGUGAUGCCGAGCACGGUUUUGCGGAUGCUCACGGGGUUUGUGUUUGCCACUCCACCAAGUGGACCGGAGAUGACUGCUCGAUUGCUGUAGAAGAAAACCUCAAUCUGCUGCCAACAGGCCUGGUCAAUACUGUCUACACCUUGGUUGCAAUCACAUUUGUUACAGCGCUGGGAUGUGCCAUAUGGGUUCUCUAUAAUCGGAACAGGGCUCAGCUCAAAGCUGCACAACCGGUGUUCCUUGGACUUGUUCUGCUCGGGGCAGUCAUUAGCACUUCCACCAUUAUUGCCAUGGCCCAGGAGGGAAGUUGCAUGGCUGUGCCCUGGUUGUACAGUGUUGGGUUCUGUAUUACAUUUGGUUCCCUGUUUGCAAGGAUCUGGCGAGUCUAUGUCCUGGUGAGAUCCGCAGUGGAAAUGCGCCGUGUGACGCUUUCUACUAAAGAAACACUUGGCUGGGUCUGUGUUGUCUUGGCAGUUGACAUUGUCAUCCUGGUUGUGUGGACUGCUGUGGACCCACUUGAAUGGACAAGAGAAACAAUCAGCUCUGAUAAGUUUGGGGAACCGCUUGAAAGUGUUGGCUAUUGCCACUCUGACCAUUGGAGAGCGUUUGCUUCAAUCAUUGGAGUUGUCCACCUUGUGCUCAUGGCAGUUGCCUGCUUUAUGUGCUACCGUGCCAGACACAUUCCAGAGGAGUUCAGCAGCAGCAAGUAUAUUGCUAUUGCUAUGUUCUCCAAUCUUCAGAUCUUUGUGAUUGCCAUUCCUGUCCUGAUCAUUGUGGGAAAGGACCCUGUAUCAGGUUUUUUUGUCAGAUCGCUUGUGGUGUGGUUGAAUGAUAUCAUGGUGGUCGGUCUCGUCUUUGGCAGCCUUAUUUCCCGUGUCUACAUAUGGGAUAUGAACAACCGAGCCAAUCGAUUCACCAGUGCUCAAACUAUUGAAAGAGGCAUUCAGGACUUCUCCAAGAGAAUGAAGGCAGAUAGUCUUUCGAAGCAGAGAAGCAGUCUGACAACAACCAGUUCUCUCCAAUGGAUGCAACAAGGGAAAUCUGACGCUGGGACCACAGGAGAGACGCUAAAUUUGGAAGAAAAGAUUGAAGAGCCAUAGGAGGUGGCGGCGAAGAGUUUUCGGGAUUUGCUCGCACGAACAUCGCUAGGUCCUCUCGACUGGGUCAACUGAAACUUUUGGGGUUUGAACCUUCCAUACUUGUAUCAUUGCACUCGUGGUUGCACGUACACAUUAUUAGAACAAGAUGCGUGACGAUAAUCCGAUCUACGAAUGGAGGGAAUGGCACUUGCGAUCAGCCACCAAAGCCAUCAAACGACGACUCCAUCAGGCCGGAUGUAUGCUCUAUCCUUCUUCAACGAGGAAGGAUACUGUCUUGGCGCUGCGCCGAGUAGGUUAGGUCGGCAUAAACUUAGUCCAUGCUGCAUGCCUAGUUUUUCCCUCCUGCUGUACGAGAGUUGUAGUAAGAUGUUGUGCAGA